CGAGUGUAAAUUGAACACACUCACCGACACACAAACACUCAUUUUUCCACUGCCAACGAAGUCGUUGUCUCUGCCACUGGAGUUGUGGCAAGAACUGAACCAUUCACAUGGGCAUGGACUUGAUGUUUGUUUGAAUUUUUCAAAAAUCAGUUCGAGUCCGAGCAUCUAAAAGAGCGGACGUGUGAUGACGCGCAAAAUUUUUUCGGUUUUGAAAAACGUUCGUUGAUUUCUUGUCCAGAGUGGAAGUAAUGAAAAAAUCGGUUUUUUCUGUUUGUAGAACUAACAACUUCGACAUCGUGUAAAGCAUGAAAGAACCCCAAAUACAAGCAAAACACACAACAGAGUGGUGUAUAGAAAAAGGAAAAGCGAAAAAACGAAUGUGAAAAAGUAAUAGAAAACGACUUCAGCAAACGACGACUACGACGACAAAUGGGGAAAAUUUGUGAAAAACCGAAAAACGGAAUAUAAAGAAGAAAAAAAAUAAAAGAAAUCUAAACGAAGUUAAAAUUGAAGAAAUUCGAAACGAAGAGGAAAAUACAAACGAAACAAGUGAACGUUGGAUAAUAAACGCCUGGGUGAAAAAGUCCCGUAAAAUAAAGAAAAUAUAUAUUGGUUUGACAAAAAUAUUGAAAUUGAAAAAUUCAAGUGAUAUAUAAAGUUCGGAGAACAACGCCUCUGAGAAAAGUGAAGUUGUGCAGGAAGAAAAUGUUGCAAACCGAACAUUUGGCCAAACACUAGUGUAAAUGUUUGAGAGUGUGUUAUAGUGAAGUUCUCGUCCCCCACCUACGUACACACACACGCACAUAGCAAAAACAAAGUCAAGAGGCAUAAAACCUCUUUAAUGUAACACAAGAAAAUGUUGAAAAAAAUGUUGAAAUUUCUAAAAACCCAAAAAAUUUGAAAAGUGAAGAAAAUAAACGAAAAAAAUCGGAAAGCAAGAAAAAUCCCCACCCUACUCCUCCACAACUCCUGGGAACACCAAUACCACCACCAUAGUAAUCUGGCAAAUCAUGCUGGACUUUAGAAAAUCGUUCAAUAUGGGCAAUUGGAUAUGCUGCCUGCUGCAACGAUAUCUAUGGACUUCGAUUCUGCUGCUGGCACUGCACAUGGAAUAUUUUAGUGCAGCAGUGGCAGCAUCUUCAAAUCUUGGUCAAGUAGCUGCUCUGGCCAGUGGCACAUCCGCUGAACAACAACAGCAACAACAAUUGGCACCAUCAACAUUGCCCCAACCGGCCACAAAUCAGUGUUCCUGGCAGUACAAUGGCACCACAUCGGUUAAGUGUAAUUUACGUCUCAUUGAACGUUCGCUGGCAUUGGAUUUACAAGGUGCUGAUGGUUUCAGCCAACUGGAGAUAAGAUGCAGUGAUUUGUAUUUAUUCGAAUCCCAGUUGCCCCAGGCGGCAUUUGCUCGACUACAGACACUGGAUGAACUGAGACUGACGUCAUGCAAACUUCUGCAGCUACCCAACAAUGCCUUUGAGGGUUUGAAUACUGUCAAGACUUUGGUCAUCAAUACCCACAACUCAGAGUGGGGACCCAGCAAGACAUUGGAACUGUUUCCUGACUCCUUAAAUGGCCUGAAACAAUUGACGGAGCUGCAUUUGUCGGAUAACAAUUUAAGGGCCCUGCCUCCAGGAUUCCUGUGUCCUGUGGGGAAUUUACAAGUCUUGAAUUUGACCCGCAAUCGCAUUAGGGCUGCCGAGAAUCUGGGUUUUGCCGACAUGAAUUGUAAUGGAGGCAGUGAGCUGCAAACCCUGGAUGCCAGUUUCAAUGAGUUGCGAUCCAUUACCGAAUCAUGGGGCAUUUCCAGGCUAAGACGUCUGCAGCAUUUGAAUUUGCAAAACAACAAUAUCUCGGAGUUAUCUGGAGAAGCCUUGGCUGGCCUGUCAUCUUUGAGGAUUGUCAAUUUGAGUAACAACCAUUUGGAAACCCUGCCGGAGGGGUUGUUUGCCGGCUCCAAGGAGCUAAGGGAAAUUCAUUUGAAAAACAAUGAACUCUAUGAGCUACCCAAGGGAUUGUUUCAUCGUCUGGAGCAAUUACUGGUGGUGGACUUGUCCGGCAACCAAUUGACCUCCAAUCACAUUGACAACACCACCUUUGCAGGACUGAUAAGAUUAAUUGAACUAAACCUGGCCCACAAUGCCUUGACACGCAUUGACUAUCGCACCUUCAAGGAAUUGUAUUUCCUGCAAAAUCUGAAUCUUCGCAACAACUCCAUUGGCCACAUUGAGGAAGAUGCCUUUUUGCCUCUGUACAACCUGCACACCUUGAAUUUGGCAGAGAAUCGUCUACACACCCUGGAUGACAAGCUCUUCAAUGGCCUCUAUGUACUCUCCAAGCUGACGCUGAACAAUAAUCUCAUUUCCGUCAUUGAAUCGAAUGUCUUCAAAAAUUGCUCCGAUCUCAAGGAACUGGAUUUGAGCUCCAAUCAACUCAACGAAGUUCCACGUGCCAUACAAGAUCUCAGCAUGCUGAGAACCCUGGAUUUGGGUGAAAAUCAAAUUCGUACCAUCGACAAUGAUAGCUUCAAGAAUCUACAUCAGCUGACCGGUUUGCGUUUGAUUGACAAUCAAAUUGGCAAUAUCUCAGUGGGCAUGUUUGCCGAUCUCUCACGUUUGAGUGUUUUGAAUUUGGCCAAAAAUCGCAUACAGAGCAUUGAACGAGGCUCGUUUGAUAAAAACUAUGAGUUGGAGGCCAUAAGGCUGGAUCGAAAUUUUGUCUCCGACAUAAAUGGUGUAUUUGCCACCCUAAUGUCAUUGUUGUGGUUGAAUUUGUCGGAAAAUCAUUUGGUUUGGUUCGAUUAUGCCUUCAUACCGGCCAAUCUCAAAUGGUUGGAUAUCCAUGGCAAUUACAUUGAGUCGCUGGGAAAUUACUACAAAUUGCAAGAGGAAAUUCGUGUGAAAACUUUGGAUGCCAGUCACAAUCGCAUUACCGAAAUUGGUCCCAUGUCCAUACCGAACACGGUGGAGCUGCUGUUUAUCAACAACAAUUUGAUUGCAACCAUACACCCGAAUACAUUUGUGGACAAAGUGAAUUUGGCUCGUGUCGAUUUGUAUGCUAAUGCCUUGGCCAAGUUGCAAUUGCAGCAGCUGCGUGUGGCUCCAGUGGGUCCAUUGAAAUCGCUGCCAGAAUUUUAUUUGGGCGGCAAUCCGUUCGAGUGUGACUGCACCAUGGAUUGGUUGCAGCGCAUCAACAACCUGACCACCAGACAACAUCCGCGGGUCAUGGAUUCCCACAACAUUGAGUGUGUGAUGCCCCAUGCUCGUGGAGCUCCGGUAAGGCCAUUGGCCUCGCUCAAGUCACAAGACUUCCUUUGCCGCUAUGACUCGCACUGCUUUGCCCUGUGUCAUUGCUGUGAUUUUGAUGCCUGUGAUUGCGAGAUGACAUGUCCCAACAAUUGCACAUGCUAUCAUGAUCAAAUAUGGUCCACGAAUGUGGUGGACUGUGGCGGCCAACAGACAAUGGAACUGCCGCGUCGUGUACCCAUGGACUCGAGUGUCGUGUACCUGGAUGGCAAUAACUUUCCCGUUCUCAAGAAUCAUGCCUUCAUCGGCCGCAAGAACCUCAAGUCAUUGUUUGUGAAUGCCAGUCGUGUGGCCAGCAUACAGAAUCGCACCUUUGCCGGCCUCAUCUCGCUGCAGAUAUUGCAUUUGGAGGACAAUCUAAUGCAAACGUUGCAAGGCUAUGAAUUUGAGCAUUUGUCAGCUUUGCGUGAGCUCUACCUGCACAACAACCUGUUGACAUCCAUUGAGAAUGCCACACUGGCUCCACUGCAGUCGCUGGAGGUGCUACGCCUGGAUGGCAAUCGUUUGGUGACUCUGCCCAUAUGGCAAUUGCAGCUGCCGCAAUUUCGGGCGCUACGCACCAUUGGCUUGGGGCGUAAUCACUGGUCAUGUCGCUGCAAGUUUUUGCAAGAGUUGACCUCAUAUGUGGCUGACAAUGCGUUGAUAGUACAAGAUUCCCAGGAUAUCUUUUGCAUGGAAGAUGCCAGCCCGGGCAGCAGUGGCGGCAGUGACAUUGGUGUUACCAGCUAUGGCAGCCGAAAACGUGAAUUGGAUUUUAAUGUCACAGCCGCCUGCAGUGACUAUUAUGCUGGCGGUUCGAUGCUGCAACAUGGCAUCCCAAAAACGUACAUACCAUUAUUGGCAGCUGCCCUGGCUCUGGUCUUCCUUCUCAUUGUUGUCAUCAUCAUUUUUGUGUUUCGUGAGUCGUUACGUAUUUGGCUAUUCGCCCAUUAUGGUGUGCGUGUAUUUGGGCCACGCUGCGAAGAGUCUGAGAAGCUGUACGAUGCCAUACUCCUACAUUCGGCCAAAGAUUCCGAGUUUGUGGGCCAAUAUUUGGUGGCCGAAUUGGAGACGGGUCGGCCGCCUCUGCGUAUUUGCCUGCAACAUCGCGAUUUGUCCCACGAUGCCACACACUAUCAAAUUCUGGAGGCAUCACGUGUCUCGCGUCGAGUGGUGAUAUUGUUGACAAGGAAUUUCCUGCAAACCGAAUGGUCUCGCUGUGAGCUGAGGCGGGCACUGCAUGAUGCGCUAAGGGGAAGGCCCCAAAAAUUGGUGCUAAUCGAAGAGCCAGAGGCCAUAUUUGAGGCGGAGAAUGAUAUUGAACUACUGCCCUAUUUGAAGACCACGGCUGUUCAUCACAUACGACGAGGUGAUAGACAUUUUUGGGAAAAGCUACGCUAUGCCCUGCCGGUUGAUUAUCGCAGUGGCAAUAACUAUACACUGGAUCAUAAUCAUGAACGUAUCAAGCAGCCAGCCAGUCCUGGUAUUUUAUAUAGGCCUGCCCCUCCUCCCGCCUAUUGUCCUGAGGGAGAAGGAGAGCAGCACUAUUCAUCGGCCACCACAGCCACACCCUCGCCCAGGCCACAGCGAAGAGGUGCAGAGCACACGGGUACUCUACAUCAUGUGCAGGCGACCGGCACCCAUCUACAUCCCAAUGCAGUGGCUCAACAAACUACAGCAGCAGCUGCAGCAGCAACAACCACAGCUGCCCAGUAUUAUCAUCAGCAUGCCAGCGGGGGUGGUGGUGGUGUUCCAAUGGGUUGGACCCGACCACCCUCGGAACACAUUUAUUCCAGUAUUGAAUCGGACUAUUCAACACUGGACAAUGAGCAAAUGUUGAUGAUGCCACCAGCCUCGCCUUCACCAUCGGGGCAGCAGGUUAUGCAGGGCAUAAAUAGUCUGCAUCGAAGCAUGCAUCAUCCUCAACAGCAGCAGCAGCAUCAUCCAAAUAUGUCGCAAACAUGGCGGCCCCAACAAAUUCCCAAACAACAACACCAGCAGCAAAGGGUUAUCAGUGGUGAUCACAGUGGCGCCCAAACCCUGCAACAUGUACAGCAGCAGCAGCAGCAGCAACAACAACAGCAAAUGGUAGCCAGCAAUAAUCCCACAGCAGCUGCAGCAGCACCCCUAGCCGCUUCGUCGCAGGCCAGCAACAACCAAACAAUACAGCCUGGCCAGCAGCAAGGACCCCAUGUGCAGGCGUAUUUAGUGUAAUUCUAUUUCCAUAAAUUUUUAUUUAACACUAAACUAAAAAAAAAACGGCAAAACAACAACAACAGCAAACAAACCAACAAAAAUGUGUCCCCUAAAAGAAAAAAUGAGGAAAAAAUAAAACUCCCCAAUUUUAAUAGUCAUAGUGCAAAAUAAAU